ACUGUUUUUUGCAGAAGAUGUUUUUGUUGUUUACACCCUAUCCUCUGCACUUCUUUCACUGAUAUGAAAGCGGAAUAAUAUCUCUGAUCUACCCUUCCUUCCUUUCGAAGAGUUCCACUCCAGUGAUCAGUGCCCUUUUGACCUGGAAAACGCCCGGCAGCCAUGACAACACCAGGAGCCUUCUUUCUCCUCCUCCUCAUCUCCAUCUUGUCUAUGCUUUAUUAUACCUUUUUGGACCAGAAGCUCCUUCUGCAGAAACACCCACAAAACCUCAAAAUCCUGCUGUGGCACUGGCCGUUCGGCCGCUCUUACAAGCUCGACGGAGACAAAUGCCUCGAGAUGUUCAACAACAGCCGCUGUUUUCUCACUGGCAACGCCUCUGCUUUCUCCUCUGCUGACGUGGUUGUCUUCCACCACCAGGAGCUGAGCAGAAAUCUGUCCCAGCUGCCUUUGCACCUGGAUCGCCCGGCCUCCCAGCACUGGGUGUGGCUGUCCAUGGAGCCACCUGCUAACAAUGCGAAACUCCCGCAGCUCAGCGGCCUCUUCAACUGGACAAUGAGCUACAGACGUGAUGCAGACAUAUCCAUACCUUAUGGAAAGACAAUUCUUGGAGGUGAUGAGCUUGAAUUCAAGACUGCUCCAAAUCGCUCCUGCCUUGUCAGCUGGGUGGUCAGCAAAUACACCAAGCCUCACCAGGCUCGCGCUGCUGUUUACCAAAAUCUUAAGAAGCAUAUCCCGAUAGAGGUGUACGGCAAAUGGAACAGGAAGAAGCUGACGGACAGGAUGCUGCUACCUACGAUUGCAAAGUGUAUUUUUUACCUGUCUUUUGAGAACUCUGUGGCAAAAGAUUACAUCACAGAGAAGCUGUGGAGGAACGCUUUCCAAGCUGGGGCCAUACCGGUGGUUCUCGGCCCCAGCAGGGCGACCUACGAAGCUUUGGCUCCUCCUGGUUCCUUUAUCCAUGUGGCCGAUUUUACGAGCGAAGCAGAUCUGGCUGCUCAUCUGAAGCAUGUGGCUGCAGACAGGCGGGCCUAUGAGAAGUACUUCCAGUGGCGCCGCAGUCACAAAAUAAAAACCUACACUGACUGGAGAGAGAGGCUGUGUCAGAUCUGUGUUCGGUACCCCAGUUUACCAGCCAACAGAGUCUAUCAGGACCUUGAGAGCUGGGUUAACACCUAAGAUUUUAUCUCUUCAGGCCUCUAAGGUGUUUUUUUUUUAUUGGGAUUGCUGAUGCCGCUGGCUUACCACAUGCAAAUAUGAAACAUCGUAAAGUUACAAUUGAAGUAGGAUCACACAUGUCUGUCAGCCAUGCAGUUUUGGAAAAAAGAGAGGAACUGCAUACCACAGAUUCAAAUCUCAAGGGGGUUGGUCGGGUUUGCUGUGUGUUCUGUAAAAAAGCGGAAGUGGGAACCUGUGUGUACCCAUAGAUAAACAUUUUCCAUUUGUUUAAACCGCAGAGAAAAGCUUGCUCUUACUGCAAGCCACUGAGUACGGUAAACAAUACGUGAUAUUUUAGAUUUCAUUACUCACCUGAAAUACGUUGAUUUGAUUGUUGGUCUGCUCGGGGCCUUGAUGUACUUCAUACUGAAGUACUUGAAUCAUGUAUUCAAUGGUGAAGGUGGUUAAGUUUAGUCAACUGAGCAAAACUUUUGUUGGAAAGAGAUAAAAAUAUUAACAAUAACCUUAUUUGUAGAGCAUUUUUCCCAAAGAACUUAGACAAUGGGCAUGAG